AUGCCGACAGAACCAGCAACUGCAAUUGUUCAAUUUAUUCAAAAAAAAUAUCCAAAAGCGUUUAAGAGUGAAAUCGACAUUGCUCCAAAAAUGAUGACAACUAGUCUUCAAACUCCAUUUUCAGCUGAUCGGAGUAUGACUAGUGGUGCUACAACGUUACCAAAUUCAUCUACUAAUCCAUUAUUGAAUUCCAUGGCUGACAUAAUGAAUAAAGAUUCAUCUAAAUUUUCACAAUCCUAUGAUAGACCGCAACUUGGUAGAAUGAUGGGAGCAACAGCAGACGACCAGAAAAUGAACAUGAAUAAUAUGAAACUUCAAUCGCAAAAUAUUGUUCAAGAUGCUAUACCAUCUCUUGGUCAACAACCUUCCUUUAGUUUGAAAAAUCUCAUGUUUGCACAACAACUUGGUCGACAAGUAACAAUAUUAACAGAAAAAAAUGUCAAAACAGAUCGUGAAAUUUUGCAGGACGAAUUAAUUAAACCUACUUCGUUACUAGAAAAAAAUAAUCAAGACGACACCAAUAAAGAAAAAAAUGAGCUGUCGAUAAACGACGAACAUGGGACACCAAGUGUCAAACAAUUAAUUAAAUAUAAAGAAAAAUUAAAACUUGCGAAUGAUCUUCUUCUACAUCGAAAAAUGUUGGCAAAAGUCGCUGAUGAUGAACGACAUAAAUCCGACAUACCUGUACGAAAUUCACUAAAACCUGAAACACUUUUAGAUAUUGCAAAAUCAAAUGAAUCGACUUCGCAAGAAAAAGCACGUACACCUGUAAUUCGUACAAAGCAAGAAGAACAGAUGCUUGCUGAAGAAGAUGUAUAUGGUACAUUGAAAAAACGGCGAAGAGGACGACAACACCACGAAAAUCCUAAAGCAGUCAAUGAUAAUAAGAGAAAAGCUGUCCAAUCAACUUUUCAGCCACUAUUAAAUUUUGCCAUAUGUAAACAUUGUGGAGAUAUAAUAAGUAAUGAGGACAAUAAUAAAACAAAUCGGAAUGUACCAUCAAAAUCAUUAGCAUCAUUUCCAUCUACAGCGAACAGUGUUCAAGAAUCAAAAGGUGCCGAUAUUGAUGACUGGUUUGACGGUGCUUCUGAUGUAAGUCGAUCAAGUUCAAAAGUAUUGAAGCAAUCGACGUCGGAUGACAACAAUCAGUAUGAAAAAACAAUAUCUCAUCAAGAAGUACCACAAAUAAAUCAAUUUUCUCGUAAUAUUUUCACUAUUAAUAGAUCAGACAACCAACCUAAAAUAUUAUCACCGACAAAUGCAGUACACGAACAACAACUCACUAAUGUAUCAAUGACAGAAAACUUUUCUCCCAAUAAUUCAUUCACUCAAUCAACUUUUAACCAACCUUUUUUUCCACAAAUGAGUCAUAACAGUAGAAUAUCUCAACCUCUGGAAGAAUCAGGAAAUUUUACACGUUUACCUGAACAAAAUUUUCGACGUCGUUCUUCAUCAGUUAAAAGUAGCUCAUCAGUUAAAAGCGAGCCAAGAAAUUCAAAAGGUGGAAGACCAACUGAUUUAUCUACUACAUCAACAGCGACGGUAUCCAACAUUCAGGAACGAAAUUCAAAAAGAAAUUCUCCUACUAUUCAGCAACAACAGAAAAAUUUGCCUGUUCGUAGAGCAUCUAACUGGGGGGUUGUCGAACAUUCUCCAGAUGAUUCAGAUUAA